CGAUAUAUAUUUCUAAAUUAAUAUUAAAAAAUCAAACGUAUUUUAAAAAUAAAAUUUGCUAACUUUAAUACUUGUUUGUCAUUAAGUAACACCGUUCUUAUAAAUAUAGACACCAAUCGCCAUGUUUUGCUUCAAGUUGACGUAAAGACAUAAGAAAAAAAGCUAUACCUACAAAAUUUUCGAGUGCACUUUAUGAAAAAGAAAUAUACAAUUGUCUUUCAUGUAACAUGUUCUCAUUGAACUCCAUAAACACCCAGAACCAGAUUCUAAUAAGUUUUAGUCAACUAUCGUCUCGAUAUUCCAACGCAUUUAGAAAUAGAAGGAGUAACAAUGUUAAGAACAAAGAUUUAAUAAGAAAAGAGGCCACAACAGCUCCUUACAACGCAUCAAUAUGUCCAGAAAGUUUUGAUGAGGCCCUGCGUCAUUUUGAUAAGAAUGUAUUAACGGAGAUGCGUAACAUUGAUCUGAGAUAUGUGACAUCUUUAGCCGGAUCCUCUAGUAAUAUUUUGAGAAAUGUAGCCGGCUUAGCAUCGUCCAGAAAAGUAUCUUUCGUAUCUACGGAUUCGUUUGAGAAAAACAAAAAUGGUUGGGUCACUACACCUACGAUCACCGUAGACCUACGCCACAAAAAUACUAAACUUAGUUUGACCGACAACUUUGUUGGUCUGCUUUCGAAGAGCAUAAGGGAUAAUUGCUUUAAUUAUAAUGUACAAGUAAGAGGUUUUAAGACAGAAAGAGGUAUACAUGCUGAUCUGAAGAGGAACCCCAAUUUAUUUAAUAGACUACGUAAGUCUUUCGGUCUUCAUGUAUCCGACACGUCUGAUAACAAAUCCAACCUCGGUCCAGAUGUUGCUCCACGAUUGGAGAAGUUGCUUAGUGAAGACUCGACUAAUCUUACACACCAACAGAAGGAUAAGAUUAAAAUUGCCUUUGCCGAGGGAUAUUUGGCAGGAUCUCACCCUGACAAUGCCCGAGGGACGAAGGCCUCUAAGUACUUAAAGCUAGUACAACAACUCCUCACUAUAGUACUAUUCCUGGCUAUAUUUGUCAGUCUGAUGGCAUCUGUUAGCGGCACUGUUUUCCGACGCAGGAUCCAGUUGGGUAACCAGGUGGAGGUGGAUCCCGAAGAUAUAACGGUCACCUUCGAUGACGUCAAGGGUGCUGACGAAGCCAAGCAGGAGCUCAAGGAUGUGGUGGAGUUCCUGAAAUCCCCGGAGAAGUUUUCAUCUUUGGGGGGCAAAUUGCCUAAGGGGGUGCUGCUGGUGGGUCCACCUGGCACCGGGAAGACGUUAUUGGCUCGAGCUGUGGCUGGUGAGGCGAGGGUGCCGUUCUUCCACGCAGCCGGACCAGAGUUCGAUGAGAUCCUCGUGGGACAGGGCGCUAGGCGCGUCAGGGAUCUAUUUAAGGCGGCCAAGGAGCGAGCCCCCUGCGUCAUAUUCAUUGACGAGAUAGAUUCAGUGGGUGCCAAACGUACCAACAGCGUGCUGCAUCCGUACGCCAACCAGACAAUAAACCAGCUCUUAUCAGAGAUGGAUGGAUUCCAUCAGAACGAGGGUGUGAUAGUGCUGGGCGCCACCAACAGGAGAGACGACCUGGACCAGGCCCUGCUGAGACCUGGGCGAUUCGAUGUCGAAGUGUCCGUACCAACACCAGACUACGGUGGUCGCCUGGAGAUACUGCGGAUGUACGUGUCGAGGGUCGCGGCUGCCCCGGGGCUGGACGUGGAAUCCCUAGCCAGGGGUACCACGGGAUUCACGGGCGCUGACCUCGAGAGUAUGGUCAACCAGGCAGCACUCAAGGCAGCCAUCGAGGGCGCCAAGACUGUUAGCAUGUACCACCUGGAGGAGGCGAGGGACAAGGUGCUCAUGGGCCCGGCGAGAAGAGCGAGGCUACCCGACGACGAGGCCAACGCUAUCACCGCCUGCCACGAGGGCGGACAUGCGGUGGUGGCUUACUACACUAAGGAUUCUCAUCCACUUCAUAAGGUCACCAUAAUACCACGCGGACCUUCCCUGGGACACACAGCCUACAUACCGGCCAAAGAAAGAUAUCACGUGACGAAACAACAACUCCUGGCUAUGAUGGACACCAUGAUGGGCGGGCGGGCGGCCGAGGAACUGGUCUACGGACCGGAUAAGAUUACAUCGGGUGCGUCGUCAGAUCUGAAGCAGGCCACCUCAAUAGCGUGUCACAUGGUUCGAGAGUGGGGUAUGAGUGAGAAGGUGGGCCUCAGGAGUGUGGACACCAGCAAGACGCUGCAACAGGAACAGCUCGGCCCAUACACCAACGAACUGGUGGAUGCUGAAAUAAAGAAAAUUCUAUCAGAGAGCUACGAAAGAGCUAAGGCCAUACUGAGGACGCACGCUAAAGAACAUAAGGCUCUGUCGGAAGCCUUAUUAAAAUACGAGACUCUGGACGCUGACGACAUCAAAGCGAUCAUGUCAGGAGACAAGGUGAAGAUGGACCGAGGUAGAAGCAGCAACACUAAUAAGGAGCCCUCGCCCGCCACGCUGCUGCCGCACACGAUGCCCGCUUAGAUAAUGUAAUGAAACAGAAGCUGACGGGACGACCGGAAGUUCGUCAAAUGACUACACAACCAAAACAGGAAGUGACUUUGAAAAUUUUGCAGGUUACGGCAUUGUUAUGAUACAUUGAAUAAAAUAAAAAUAAGUAUAACGUUAAAUGACAAUCUUUCCUUUAUGUACGAAACCUGUUCGGAACAAACGGGAGCUUCUCACAGACGUACGUCUCGGUUCAUUUAGAUUCCUUAGAGUGGAAAAUUAUAGUUUGUAGAUAUUAUUAUUUAUUCGUAGCGCCUCUUCCAUCACCGACUGCCAUUACAUGUCCUUACACGAGCCACGAGACCGACAUAAUAUAUGACUGUGUAAAUGUGAAUUAGAAGGUAAUUCGCAUGGGACGAACGAGAUGAAGAUUGUAAAAAAAAAUAUAAAAAAAAAAAAAUAUUUAACGUUUGAAAAUCGAAUGUAAAAAGUGUUGAGUGAGGAUUUUUAUUUUCAACGACAAAAUUGACGGAUUACAUUGUGAUUGUAAUAUAUAUAUAGUUUAAGUUUCGGGUUAAACUCGGGUUUAACAUCGAGCAUGGUCUGUUGCUAAUAAACGUUAAACAUAA